AUGAUGCCAACCAACCUUACUAUCUCAUUCAUCAUCAUCUAUGUGAUAGAGUCACUGAUUAUAAUUAUUCAGAGCAGCCUUGUUGUUGUAGUACUGGGCAGAGAGUGGGUACAGGUCAAAAGAUUGUCACCCGUGGACAUGAUUCUUACCAGCCUUGGCUUCUGCCGCUUCAAUCUACAGUGGGUAUCCAUGCUGUGUGAUUUUUUAAUCUAUGCUAAACCGAAACAUGUGCAUUGGAACUUAACAACGAUCUGGGAAUUCAUCAAUAUUCUCACUUUCUGGUUAACCAGUCUGCUUGCCGUCUACUACUGUGUCAAGGUCUCUUUCUUCACCCACCAUGUCUUCCUCUGGCUGAGGUGGAGAAUUCUAAGACUGGUUCCCUGGCUGUUACUGGGUUCUCUGGUGAUUUCUUGUGUGACAAUCAUCCCUUCAGCUAUUAGGACUCACAUCCGGUUUCGGCUAAUCACCCUGCAACAUCUACCCAGCAACAGCACUCUGAUUGAGAGACUGCACGGAUUUGAACGUCUUUUUGACAAACCUCAUAAACUGAUCGCAUUGUGCGUUCCUUUCCUCCUGUUCCUUGCUUCCAUCAUCUUGCUCAUGGCCUCGCUGGCCCAGCACCGGGAACAGAUGCAACAUCAUGACACCGGCCAGGGCAACCCCAGCACGAAAGCCCACGGGGCUGCCCUGAAGUCCCUUUCCAUCUUCCUUGUUUUCUUCACUUCUUACUUCUUGGCUUUACUUGUCUCCUUUUUAGGCACCAUAUUUGAUAGCAGACAUUGGUUUUGGCUGUGGGAAGCUGUCAUCUAUGCUUUAGUCUGUAUUCAUUCUAUUUCUCUGAUACUAACCAGUCCAACACUGAAAAGGGUUCUAAAGGUGAAGUGCUGGGCCUAG